GACUCGCUUGGCGGUAAUGCGAAGACGUUGAUAUUUGCUGCUGUUUCACCUGCGGACUCCAGCUAUAAUGAAACGGUAUCAACUCUUAAAAUGGCUCAGACUUGUCACAACAUCACCAACAACGUCAAGAAAAAUGCUGAUGACAGUUCACGAAUGUUGAAUGAGCUUCGAGAUGAAAUCUCCCGCUUAAGGGAAAAAUUAGCCACCAGUAACUUGAAUGAUGCGACUAGCAAGGAAGAUGUGAUUAGAAUGCAGGAUCUAAUCAAAGACCUCCAGAUAGCUAAAAAGCAAACUUGGGAAGAAAAAGAGAGAUUGUCUGUUCAGUAUGAAGAAGACAGAAAAGUAAAUCUGGCAAACAAGGGAAUUUUGCAAUAUGUGAUGGGAGACAGUAUGCGGAAAGGGAACAAGGAAGUCCAGGAAAAGCUUCUCCUAAUGCAAAAGGAAAGAGACCAGCUGCAAGAGGAGUACAAGGAAAAGCGAAGGAUGGUGGACACUAUGAAAGAAAACCUACAAAUAAAAAUUGUUGACUACACAAAAAUGGCAGAGAAAGAUAAAGGAAAUGAGGCAGAGACCAAAGCCAAAGUCGGUGAAAUUCAUGAACUUAAGGAGAAGAUCAAGAAAGAGAGUGAAGUGGUGAAGGAAGUCAAGAAAAGACUCAAAGAACUGCAGGAGAAACAAAAAAGAGAAAAAGAGGAGCUCAGGGCACAAAACAGAGAUCUUCAAUCAAAUCCAAAAAUGAGAGCAAUGGUAAUGGAAGAAGAACGAAAAAGACUGGAAAUCGAAAACGCUGCUCUCUUGAAGGAAGAACUAGAAAGAAUGAAACUGGAAGUAGACCAACAGAGAGCAGAAAUACAGAUGAAAGUGGCACAGGGUAAGACUUACACGACGGAGGAAGCAAUGAAACUUGAAAUAGAGCUGAUGAAGGAGAGGGAGGAGAGGAGCGUUGUGGCUAGGCAGCUUGAAGGGCUGGACUUGGAGAAGAGUGUCAUACAACAAGAGCUUGACGAGGCUUACCAGAAGCAUUCAGAGGAGCUGGAAAUCCAACAACUACAGCAUUUCCAAACAUUCCGCAAUUAUCGUGAGGUUUUUGAAGAACAGAAAGCGGCUUUGGAACAGCGCUUCCGUGGGCUCCUGGAGGAUGCGAUUCAAGAUGCUGUAUUUCUUUCCACUCGCAACGCAGAACUUGUGCAGGAGAAUCAGGCUCUUCAACAAGAAAUUGCAGAGUACAAAGACAAGCUGUCAAUCAAAGGUGGUGGAGCUGGAAGUCGACCAAACUCAAGUGUGACAAGGAAUUAAAUAUUUUUAUAACAAAUCUAAGUAUUCACCAUGGAAACAAAAUACAGUACCAACAUUAUAUGCUCUAAUGUGCACAAGGCCCAGUUGGUCAUGUGAAUCAGAAUCAUUUUCUUAGAUGGGACGGGUUAUAACUUAAUUUCAUUUGAUUUAUUUGUUUCAAUACCUGUAUAAAUGAUAUUAGAUUUGAAAGCGAGACAGGGACAAUCAAGCCAACAAAAUUGUCAAAAAAGGUGAAGAUACCAAUAUUUAUAUAAAAGAACUGAGAACAAAUUAAUGGUUGGACCAUUUAAAGGCUUAGCAGGCUACAGAGGGAUAG